AUGACCCCGCGGGGCACGGCGUGCAGCGUGGAUGGUGGAGGCACCGGCGGCUGCGGCGGAGGGGAAGGCGCCGGCGGAGUCGCUGGCGUCGCCUGCGGCGGAGUAGAUGGCGCCGGCGGGUCCACAGGCGGUACUGGUGUGGGAGGCGCCGGCAUGGGAAGCGUCGAUGUCGGGGGUGAUGCAGGGGCAGGCACCCUUGUCGUUGUGGCCGUAGUGGGUGCCGGUGAGGAUGCGCACAUGGAGUCGAGCUUGGCGAAGAUCUCGGCGACGAUGGAAGAUGCAGUCGCAGGCCGCGCUGAUGUUGGUUCGGCGGCCGGUGCAAACUUGCGGCUGAUGGCGGCAACAAAUCCUGCCCACGAAGGAACGCCAAUGUUCCUCUCCACCCAGCAGUACCACUCAUAUGCGCUGCCCUUCAAUUUGAAAGAAGCAAUCCAUACCUUCUCAUCUUCUACUGUCUCCCAUGCGUCGAAGCACAGGUUGCAACGGUGCAACCACUGCAAGGGAUCAGAACUCCCAUCAAAGGCAGGGAUGCAGAGUUUGUGGGCGAUCGUGGGGGCUGCCAUGGACGAAUUGCUGUAG